CAAAAUUUGCAUUUGCAUCUCCAAGAUGGCAGCGCCCAGUGCUCGUGUACUCGUUUACGGUGGAAAAGGUGCACUUGGAUCGGCGUGCGUUACUUAUUUCAAAGCCAGACAAUAUUGGGUGGGUUCUAUCGAUUUGGUUGGAAAUGAAGAUGCAGAUGCUAACAUCUUGGUGAAGCCUGGAGAGAGAUGGGUGGAGCAGGAACAGCAGGUAUCUGCGGCAGUGGACGACAGUCUGGGUGGAGAGAAGGUGGACGCCAUUAUCUGUGUAGCUGGAGGAUGGGCUGGGGGAAAUGCUGCUUCUAAAGAUUUGGUCAAGAAUUGUGACUUGAUGUGGAAGCAGAGCGUAUGGACCUCCAUCAUCUCCUCUCAUCUGGCUGCCAAACAUCUCAAAGAGGGUGGUGUCCUGGCUUUGACAGGUGCUCAGCCAGCUCUCCAGGGGACGGCAGGUAUGAUAGGAUAUGGUAUGGCUAAAGCUGCAGUUCACCAGCUGGUGGCUAGUCUAGCUGCUCCUAACAGUGGUCUUCCUGCCAAAUCUCUGGUGGCUGCAAUACUGCCAGUCACCCUGGACACCCCCAUGAACAGGAAGUGGAUGCCAGAUGCUGACCAGACGACUUGGACACCACUCAACUUUGUGGCAGAGCUGUUUGAGAAAUGGACCACCAACCAAGAGCGUCCAGCCAGUGGUAGUCUGGUCCAGCUACUGACCAAGGAAGGGAAAACUGACCUGGUCAUUGUUUGAAUACUGAGGAGAAAUUUUCCUUGUAAACUGUCUCGUUAGAUGUGUGUGAUUAGUUCUGUGUAUUUAACAAGUUAUAUGAGUUAAAGGAAAGGUGACUGAAGUGACGCCAGGAUGACUUUGAGGCAGAUUACAAUAUGGAGGUGGAGCUCUAGUUAUAAGUAUCUAAUAGAGUAUUUAGUUGUAUGUUUUAGUUACUGAACCUAUUGGUAGAAAAUGCCAAAUGUUGUCUAGUGUUGUCAUAUUGUUUCAUGUUUGUUAAAAUAACAGGGCCUUUAAAACGGCUCAUAAUCAUGCAAUGUGGAGGAAGUUACUGUAGUGCCAGUGCCCAUACUUGAGGUUGUUUUGAGUAGUAUAUUGAUAUCAUCACCACCAGUGCUGCCAAGAGAUCAGCAUGGGGCCUUCAUUUUACCCCAACUAUACCAAGACUUGGUGUUAUUCUUAAGACAUUGUUUCACAUUGUGAAUUGCUUUUAUACAUAUGCUACUUAUUUACCAAUAUGAUUAAAGCACAAAACAUCAGUAUUCAACCUUUUAUGGUAUUGUUAAUACAGAGAGAUAAAAUAAAAUAUCAGCUUUUUUUGUACUAUUGUUAUAAUUAUAUUAAGACGGCUGUAUUUACACAAAGGGAAUGAAUGCGGUCCAACAUCUAAAGCCCCCAGGAUGGAUUUGUGAGGAGUGUCCCUCAAACAAACCUUAGGUCAAGAUUGGUGGCUAAAUUGUAAGCCCUCCUGUGAAAGUUAGUCAAGAGAAAAGAUCAUGAUCACUUAUUUAAUAUUGCACUUUGUUAAAGGCUUUAACAGUAUAUGUAUUGUUUUGUUUUUUUGCCUUAUAGUUCAGAGUAUGUAUUCAUAUUUUAGAUCAAUUUGUUGAUAUACAAGUAUAACCAAUGUUAAUAUUUUUUGUUAAAUCUAGUUAUAAACCGAUAUUGACAACUGCUGGACUCCAUUCCAAUUGUGGAACUGAUUGAAACUAAUGCUGCUGGUUGCCAUGGUGAUUUCUUUCUCAAAUAUGAGGUCAGCUCAAGGUCACAAAGGUCAUUUAUGAUGUACAAGGUCACAUUCUUUAAAGCAAUAUAGAUCAACAGAGAACAUUUAAACAACAAGGUGAAGUAGUAAGAAAGGGACACAGCAGUGGAUGAAUAGUCAUUGUUUUUAAACCAAGCCACUGUGUGCACAGAUAUCACAUCUUCAGUUUGAGAUCAUUUUGGAAAUAGAAGCCAGCACUAACAUUUCUGACUUAUUAUAAAAUAGGAAGGCAAUGGUUACUAAUUAUGCCACAUAUUGAGUUAUUUGAGGUAUUUGGUUUGAACAUUCCAGCAUAUUAACACAUCUUCAUGGUUUAUAAAACCUGGAGUAAAUUUUUCUCAAUAAUUGAAAGAUUUUACAUCAGAAGCAUUAUGGCAGCUAUUAUUUUAUUAAUGAAGUGCAAAUUAAGGUCUUUUGUAACAAAGUCAAAUCAUUCUAACCACUGCCAAGGAACCUUGCAGGCAGAUAAUCAAAAAUUUCUCUGCAAUUUUUGUAUCACAUUUUUCUUGGUAUACUCUUCUACAAGAAUACCAGUGAUUUUAUACAUGUUAUACUAAUUUUAUGUAUGUGUUGUUGCAUACUAACAGUGUUAAUUAGGUGCUUGAAUAGACUGUGUCAAGUUGUGAUGUUCCAGUAUCCAGUAAAUUUUGUGUAUGGGCCCAAACAGCAGGCUCCUAUUGUGGCUCUGGGUAAUGGCAGGGGAGAAGUUCGACCAGGCUGUCAUCUUAGAGAUAAGUUCAAUUAACCCAUGUAAUACUACAUGUGCCUUAUGGAAUAAAAUACAA